AUGUACUUUCCAGACGAGUACUGGCAGUCGCUUGAAAUCGCGCAUCGGAUUGUGUUUGGGUACGGAUACCGCACAUGGGAAUGGAUUGGCACGCCGAUUCGAAGUAUCGCGCAUCCUGCGCUGUUUGUUCCUUGGUACGCGCUGUUGAAAUGGACAGGAAUGGACAGCAGCCUAACUCUGCUCACUAUUGGUCCUCCUAUUCAGCAAGCACUCAUUAGCGCCGUGGGCGACUGGUACGCAUACAGACUGAUCUUGCGUAUCGGCGGGCAAAGAGUAGCCCAGUGCUGGGCCGUCCUACACCUCUUAUCCUUCUACUGGGUUUACACAGCGACGCGCACAUUUGCAAACACCACCGAGGCAGCUUUGUGCAGCAUCACACUUUAUUUCUGGCCGCUGUCACCGGUGCUUGUAACACAUACGCCGAUGCGCACAUUUCGGUGCGCGCUGCUUGCCGCGUUUUGCGCCGUGCUCAUCCGCCCAACAAGUCUCGUCCUGUUUGCUUUUCUCGGUUUGCAUACAUUGUACAUGGCUUGGCGGCAUGCAGGCGUAAAACGCGCUUGUAUACUGUUGGCAAACGCAUUGGCUGUUGGGCUACCAGUCCUUGCUUCUGGCGUCGCGCUCGACACGCUGUAUUACGGGCAGCGUAUCGUAACGCCGUACCUGUUUGUGCGCGAAAACCUAUUCAAGAACCUUGCUGUGUUUUACGGCAGGCAUCCAUGGCACUGGUACUUUACACAAGGGAUUCCUGUAUUGACGACGGUGCUGUUUCCAUGGAGCAUGAUUGGCUGGUACAAGAGCCUUAGCGGCAACGUACAUCCGAAAUGGGAUGCAGCGAGUCUAUGCACCCUGGCAUGGCUCAGUCUAUGGACGACAUGCCUGUAUUCCUUCCUUAGCCACAAGGAAUUAAGGUUUUUGCAGCCGCUCGUGCCCUGGUUCACACUCUUUGCAGCGGUAUGUUUGACUCGUGUUCACGAUUCAUCGCAACGGCAGAAUGCAUGGCGUGCGCUGCCGAAACUGGUUCGUGGACUACUCUUAAUCCAGCUGCCAUUGCUUGUCUAUGCCGCGGCGUUCCAUUGCACAGGCCAGGUACAAGUGAUGGCAUACCUUCACAUGCUCCCGCCAAAGCAGACUGUUGGGUUUUUGAUGCCGUGCCACUCGACUCCGUGGCAAAGCCAUAUGCAUGCGCGGCACUUGGAAAUGUCUGAGUUUGAUGAGGAGUUGAUCAGUGGCGACACAGGACGUGCAUGGUUCCUCACCUGCCAUCCUCCGCGGCGUACGAACGCCCGCACAUACUGGGACCAGACAGAUUUCUUUUACGAGGAUCCAGUUCGGUACAUGAAAAGCCGUUUUCCCGACCAGUACCACAUGCCGCCGCCUCCGAUGAAGGCGCGUCAUUUUAGACGGCGCACGCAAGUAGGCGAUGCAGCGGAUCCCGUGGCACUUCACAGACACAGUGAUUUAGGAUGGCGGCAUCCGUGGCCGACACAUCUUGUCAUGUUUGCAUCUUUAUUGGACGAAAGACCGCGCGCCUGUUCGCUGGAUGCGCCGUGCGAAGAUGUGCGCACCUUUUUGAAAUCGCGCAAUUACGUCGAAACCCGGCGGUUUUGGAAUACACUUGUGCAUCCUGAAAAGGAGCGGUCGGGGGAUGUUGUGGUGUGGUCAUAUAAGCAUCCGUUACGUUCCUACUAA